UUCAUGGCCCAGCCACCGGUCGCAGCACAUGCACGCGCGCUAUCACAAUGUCCAUCGUCCGACGUCCAUGACUUUGCAUUUUGCGAUUGUACGGAAACCUUGCUCCGCGCUCGCAUAAUUUGUAGGGUGACUGCUCCAGUAAAUGAACAGUGCCAGUGAAUGAACAUACCAAUGAUAGUGAACGUAUUAUUUUAUAUAAUAAGAAAAUCAGAAGUAAUAUACUAUGAGAAAUGGUAUCAACAUUUAAAAAAUAUUCUGAUGUUGGUCACAUUGUAAUUUUAUAAUAGAAGACUUGAAAUCAUUUGAUUAAGAAUAUUUAUCGUUUCCCUCCAAUUACUAUCAUCUGUGUUGUUAUCAAAUUGUUUUAUUUUUCAAAUGUUGGGUGUUCAAAAACGAAACAUUAAAACAUCUUCAACACAAGGUACUCAAAAAUAUAGCAAUGGCUAAAAAGAAAGCACCAGCAAAAACAGACAAUGUAUCAAAAGAAAAAAAAAACUAUGUACGAUUUAAAUAUACUGAAGAGGAGCUCAUUAAUGCAGUAUAUACAAUAAAGAAUAAAGAUAAAUCUCUGAAUCAGGUAAAUAAAGAUACAGAGAUUCCAAAGUCAACCCUGAGCAAUAAGGUUAAUAAUAAAGUUCCUAUUUUACGAAAAAUGGGACCUAAUACUAUUUUAUCUUUGAACGAGGAAGAUAAAAUUGUCAAAUGGAUUUUGGCUAAGGCUAAGGUAGGAUUUCCUGUCCACCCUGAAAAUAUUAAAGAUUCUAUACAGAAAGUAUUGAAGAGUUUCCCAAGAAAAAACCCUUUUAAUGAUGAUAGACCUGGGAAAAAAUGGUUAAAUUCAUUUUUAAAUAGACACCAAGAAAUAGGAAAGAGGCACACAGAAAUAAUAUCUAAAGCAAGGGCUGCCGUCACUGAAAAUUCAAUAAGACUUUGGUUUGAUGGUGUUUCAUCAUUUUUAAAAGAAGAAGGGUGUUCAGAUAUUCUUUGUGAUAGUAGAAGAAUUAUUAAUUGUGAUGAAACCGGUAUACAACUUUGUCCAAAAACAGGAAAAGUAUUGGGUCCCAAAAAAAUGAACAAUUUUUAUGAAAUUGCAAAAAAUAGUGAAAAAGAAAACAUAACUGUUCUUUGUACAUACUCUGCCAAUGGUAGUGUUCUUCCCCCAAUGAUUAUUUAUCCCUACAAAAGAAUACCGAAUUACAUAUAUCAAUCAGUACCAGAAAAUUGGGGCAUUGGGAGGAGCGAUAGUGGUUGGAUGGUGUCAGCUACAUUUUUUGAGUAUAUUGCUAACAUCAUGUACCCUUGGUUAGUAGAUAAUGAAGUCGACUUUCCUGUUAUAUUAUAUCUAGAUGGACAUAAAAGUCACUUAAGUUUAGAAUUAUCAGAAUUUUGUACAGAAAAAAAAAUUAUAUUAUAUUGUUUACCACCUAAUGCGACACAUAUACUUCAACCUUGUGAUGUUUCAAUUUUUAAGCCAUUGAAAUCCUACUGGAAAGAUGUGAUAAAAGCUCAUAAUUUGAUAUCUAAAAGUCCUAUUACAAAAAAUAACUUUGGGAAUAUUUUUAAAGAUGCUUUUGAUAAAGUAAAACCAGAGUCGAUAAUAAAUGGUUUUAAAGCAUGUGGUAUGUUUCCAUUUAACCCAGAUGCUGUUGAUUACACAAAAUGCAUACCAAAUAGACAAGAUGAGGUAGAUUUGAUGUUUCAAGAACAACAUGCACAAGAUUAUCCAAGCAAAGAUGAGUAUUUUGUAUGCCAAAAAGUUAUAAAAUACAUAUUAAAGAAUCACACUAUUCAUAAUAUUCUCAGCAAUGAACCAUUUUUAGAAAAAAUUUGGAACACCUGUAAUGUAGAAAUAGCUGAAAUCACAAAUAAAAGUUCCUUUGGUUCAGAGGCAUUUAACAUUUUAGAUAUGCCCAUUGAAUUAGAAGGUUCUAAUUUCAGUUUUGAUGAAGAAGUAAUGAAAGAUUUAGGUGUACAAAUCUUGAAUUCAAAUUCAGUAUAUGAAGAAGAGCAUCUAAACACUGAAACACCUCCAGAAACUUUUCAGUUUUUAAACGAACAAGUAAGUAAUAUUUAUAACCAAAUAGAUAGACAAAGAAUACAAUAUUCAGGUGAAAAAAAUAUAUAUUUAAAUAAAGAAGACUGUAUCAUAGUAUCACAGAUAGGAGAACAUGAAGUGGAAUAUUCAUGUGUAGAAGAUAUACAUUUAGAUAAUGAAGAUUGCAAUAGAGAUCCACUGACAGAACAAAAAUUGCAAUGUUCAGGCGAAGAGGGUGUAGAUUUAGGUAAGGAACGUUAUAAUGUAGUUCCACAUAUAGAAGAACAAGAUAUGCAAAAUUUAAAUAUGGUAAAUUGUAAUAUAAAUGUACUGCUAGAUGAACAGGAAACACAGCAUUCAAAUGAAAAACACUGUAACACAGUUUCACCGACAAAUAAACAAGAAGACGUACAGUGUUUAGAUUCUAUAAAAGCUUCAAAUUCAUCUUUUAAAGACGUAUGGGAUAAUCACUUUAGCUGGCCAAAAGAAGAAAUCAAAGAAAAAAAAAGGCAGAAGGCCAAAAUUCCAUAUGCCAUUACAUCAACAAAAUGGAAAGAUAUACAAAUUGAUAAAGAGGAGAAAAAAUUAGAAAAAGAAACCUUGAUUUUAAAAAGGAAAAAUGAGAGAUUAUUGAAAAAAAAUAAUAUUGAUAACAAAAGAAAAACUGAGAAUGUAAAACCUAAUAGCAGUACUAAAAAACAAAAAGUUUUAAAAGAAUCUACAAAAUUCAAGAAAAACUUUUCUGUUGGAGAUAAUGUUAUGGUCCAGUAUGAAGGGGAGUUUUAUCCAGGAAUAAUAGAAGAAAAAAAAAAGAAAGAAUUGAAAGUUAAAGCUAUGUUGAUGUACAAAACAAAUUGGAAAUGACCAACAGUAGAUGAUGUUUGCUGGUACCCUGAGGAAGAUGUGAAAAUGAUUGAAGCUCCUAAACUAUUGAGUAACUCUACAACAAUUUAUUCCUGUUUGGAAAUAAAAAAAAAAAGAACCAAACCUAAUUCCUUAAAUAAUAAUACAAGUUCCUAAAUACCUUAAUACAUA